AUGUAUCGGAUGGUGCUGCAGAGUUUACUGGACCGUCUGCUGCAUAAAAUCGUCUGGAGAGAUAGCGUCACAGAACCCAUUCGGACAUUCGUUCUCAAUACAGUUACCUACGGCACUGCAUCAGCACCUUACUUGGCUACGAAAUGUCUGCAACGCUUGGCCGAUGAAGGCAAGAAUUCGCACCCAGCUGCUGCUGAUAUGUUGUCAGGCGUAGAUGACAUUGAGGAAGGGAAGGUGCUCAUCAAGGAAAUGAUAGAGUUACUGCAAUCAGCUGGAUUUUCGUUACGAAAGUGGAAUUCUAACAGCAAGGAAUUGCCGUCAGAGGUGCCGGAGGAUUUGAGGGACGAACGCUCGAUUUUAGAAUUGGAUUCUUCGAGCUCGUCUGUGAAAACGCUGGGUUUAACCUGGGAACCAAGCACAGAUUCCUUUCGAUUCAGUUCGCCGAUGUGGAAUGAGUCUACGGAGAUAACGAAGCGUUGUGUCCUAUCAGAUGCCUCCCGACUGUUUGACCCUUUGGGACUGGUAGGACCAGUAAUAAUUCAGGCGAAGAUCUUUCUGCAGGAUCUCUGGAAGCAAGACUGUGGAUGGGAUGAUCCACUCGAACUGCAGUUACAGGAGUACUGGCGAGAGUACAGGCGGAACUUAGCAAGCUUAGACGGGAUAGCAGUACCUCGAUGGAUUGGAAUAAGCCGUAUCGUCGUAGCAGUAGAGCUGCAUGGCUUCUGUGACGUCUCAAACAAAGCGUACGGAGCAUGCGUAUUCAUUCGCACUACAGCUACAGCUCCACUCGAAAAUUUGAAGAAAAAUAAGAAAUCAUUAUCGACUCCUCGCCUGGAACUAUCGUCCGCAUUGCUCCUAGCGCACCUCUACGAGAAAAUAUACAAACAGCAUCAACGUUACUGCCAAAUGCUUCUUUUGGGUAGACUAAACCAUCGCUAUUUGCUGGCUUUCGUCGUAGCCAUCUAG